UCCUAUUAUUCCCAUGAACACAACUCCUCAGCCGCAUAUGCCCCAAAACUCAGUGAAUUAUCCCCAAAAUCAGGCUAACUUCGUUCAGAAUCCACAGAUGCAGGCUUAUCAGCGGAAUAAUUUUAAUGCAAUGCAGGAUGGAGUGGGCCAGAGAGUGAAGAGACUUACUAUUAUCUACAUGUUUUUGCUAUUACUAGCUUUAGCAGGUUCAGGUUAUCAGUUAGUCAUGGCAAUUUCUUUCAAUUACUUUGACUCAUUCUGGUGGGCAUAUAUUAUUGUGUCGGUUGCUUGAUCUAUUAUUGGAGCCUGAUAUGUAUAUAUCCCAAACAUUAGCAAGCCCGCUGGCCUUGUGAUGAUAAUUCUCCUGAUGGGGAUCUUUUUCUUCCACAUUGGAGUGUUCAUCUGGUUCUUGUUCGAUGCCGUAGUUUACCUAGGAUAUUUCUACGACAGCGAUAAGGUCAUUGUCAUCUUAUGGUGGGUUGCAGUCGCUGCUCAAACAUUUCCUUUGAUCUUCAUUUUUGUCAUUUUCUUUAUGAGAAGAAAACUUCAGCAAAAUAGCCAGAUGAAUCAAGGAGUUUUUGCUCCUCUCAACCAGAAUCCUCAUGCUUAUGCACAGAAUCCUCACGGCCAGGCUCCUGUUCCAGCUUAUCAGUAAGUUCCAAGCAGUGUCAUACCAAGCGGAGCUGAAUUUGGAUCGAAUCCAAAUAGUCAUGUUGCAUUCAACCAUUCUUUGUAAUGCUCACCACAAGUGAUCCAAGAUUCGCUAAUCCUAAUAAAGUCUUAUGAUUCAAC